AUGUUCGCCUUAGGGGUCCCCCCAGUUCCCCCCCCUGAUGAUGAUGAUGAUGAUGAUGAUGAUGAUGAUGAUGAUGAUGAUGAUGAUGAUGAUGGCGGCACUGGCACAGCGCAGACCCGUCGCGCAGUGCAGAAGCGAAAUUCCGCUUUAAAAAAAAAAAAAAAAAUUAAACCGUAA